AUGAGGAAGGCUUUCUGUCCGCAAGUGAAGAACGGGCAUCGGUUAGAAGAACAUGCCCUAAGUACGACCAUCGCAAGUAUGGUCUCACAUUACAAUCCGUUGGGAUCGUUCCGGCAGCAACAAGCUGCUGAACAACAGCAGAUGAUGCAGCAGCAGGCGCAGCAGCAAGAGCAGCAGCAGCAAGAGCAGCAGCAGCAGCAACAUCCGGAGAACGCGGCUCCCGAAGACGCUCCCCAGCAUUAUUGGUACGCCGGCUAUGGACAACCGCAAGCGGCGCACCGGGCCCCUUGCCAGCAACGCCGAAACCGCGCCGAAAUGGUGUAUGGCCAUCCGUACGCCCACAUCCAAUAUCAACAGCAUCCGCAGCCGUACCAGCAGAUGCCUGAAUGGGGUGCGGGCAACGCGAACAACGCGAACGGCGUAAACAACAAUGUUCACCGCGGACAGAUUAGUCCGGCGAUGAGCGGCAGCAGCGGCGAAGCCAGCAAACCUAGCACGCCGAGCACAUCAUCGUCGAGCCACAGUAGGGGCAACAACGCCGGUGCAAGUUGUUCCCACGUUAAUAACAAUGUAAAUACACCUAUGAGGCCAGCACAGAUGAGGAGCCCUUAUGAGUGGAUGAGGAGGACCGCUUAUCAGGGCAAGCCGAAUGCAGGGAAGACUCGUACUAAGGACAAAUACAGAGUAGUCUACUCAGAUCACCAGAGACUGGAGCUGGAGAAAGAGUUCCAUUACAGCCGUUAUAUCACAAUCCGCCGCAAAACAGAGCUUGCUACCUACCUCGCGCUGUCUGAAAGACAAGUAAAAAUUUGGUUCCAAAACCGCCGAGCUAAGGAACGAAAACAGAAUAAGAAGCGCGAGGCGCUCGAAUUUGGACUCAAUGGGGACAUGAAACCAUCGACGUCGACUUCGCCAAGCUUAGGAUUGGCCGGUCUAUCGUUGGAUGGCGUUGAAGGACCACUCGGAGGUCCGCUCGGAGGACCACUCGGAGGACCGCUAGGAGGACCGCUAGGAGGACAGCUAGGAGGACCGCUAGGAGGUCCGCUCGGAGGACCACUCGGAGGACCGCUAGGAGGACCGCUCGGAGGUCCGCUCGGAGGACAGCUCGGAGGACCGCUCGGAGGACAGUUCGGAGGACCACUCGGAGGACCGCUCGGAGGACAGUUCGCAGGACCACUCGGAGGACAGUUCGCAGGACAGUUCGCAGGACAGUUCGCAGGAGCGUUCGCAGGAGCGUUUGGAGGACCGCUAGGAGGACCACUAGGUGGACCACUAGGAGGUUUAAUGAUGCAGAACGGUGCGCCUCACGGUAAUCACGGCCUGCCUUUGGCCCAUGGACACGGCGCGCACCAAGCGCAUCCUCAUCAGCACCCCCAUCAACAAGCGCAUCCUUAUCAGUAUCCCCAUCAGCAAGCGCACCAGCAAGCGCAUCAGCAAGCGCACCAGCAAGCGUACCAACAAGCGCACCAACAAGCGCACCAACAAGCGCACCAACAAGCGCACCAACAAGCGCCACAGCACGCGCACCAACAAGAGCAACAGCAUGCGCACCAUCAUGCGCACCAUCAUGCACACCAUCAGGCGCACCAUCAGGCGCACCAUCAGGCGCACCAGCAAGCGCACCAGCAACCGCAUGAGCACGCGCAUCAUGCGCAUCAGCACCUUCAUCAGCAUCCCCAUCAACACCCCCAUCAACAAGCACCCGAAGACUUGUAA